ACGACGAAGAAGCGCUCUCCCAAAAAAGUCCCUUUCGUUCUAGAAAAUUACAUUUUUAGUCUCCGUCGUCUCUCACUCUUCACCUUUUCUCUCUCCCUCGAUAACCAGGGCUGGGGUUUCUUUUUCCGUCCUAACGUUGGCGUAGGGGCUCCGAUUCCCCUUAGGAUGCGCCGGACGGUGGCGAUGCCACGCCGCCGGUUUCCUCCUACCUCCCUAGUCCGUGUCUUCCUCCUCAUAAUCCCAUUCGCCGCCGCCGCCGCCUCCGCCGUCGUUUCUUCGUCCUCACUUGAUGCCGCUUCCCGCUCGGCCGAGAGGGUUGCCCUCCUUCAGUUCAAGGCCUCUGUCGUCUCCGACCCCGCCGGUCUCCUCGCCCUCUGGUCCAACGCAACCGGCUCCGACCACUGUGUCUGGCCCGGCGUCUCCUGCGACGCGAGAUCGAGGGUCGUGGCCCUCAACAUCUCCACCGAUGUUGGUCGUUUCCCUUCGUCCUGCUCUAGGUCCGGUCCGUUCUGGCGGCGCUGCCCGGAUUCCUGCAGGCGGUUGUCCGGAAAGCUGAGCCCCGGCAUUGGAGCGCUUGUGGAGCUUAAAGUCCUCUCCUUUCCGUUCCAUGCCUUCGGUGGCGAGAUCCCUAGUGAGAUCUGGGGAUUGGAGAAGCUCGAGGUGGUCGAUUUUGAAGCCAACCUGCUCUCCGGCUUUCUCCCAUCGAAUUUACCACGUAGUUUAAGAGUGCUGAACCUGGCUUCGAAUCUGAUCCGUGGUGAGAUCCCACUGUCUCUUUCUAGUUAUGUUCGUUUGGAAACCCUGCACCUCUCCGGCAACCAACUCAAUGGCACAAUCCCUGGUUUCGUUGGCGAUUUUCUUAACCUCAGAGAACUAUAUCUAUCUUCGAAUCAGCUCAGUGGUUCGAUUCCAGAUGAGCUGGGAGAUGGUUGCCGGAGUUUGCAGCAUUUGGACCUGUCCGGUAACAUUCUGGUCGGUAGCAUUCCGCGUAGCUUGGGAGAUUGCAGUGAGCUCCGCUCACUCAUACUAUCAUCUAAUCUGUUGGAUGAUGUUAUUCCUCCAGAGUUGGGCCGGUUGAGAAAGCUCCAAGUUUUAGAUGUUUCGAGGAACUGUCUGAGUGGCCCUGUGCCUGCUGAACUUGGAGGGUGCUUUGAGUUAUCUGUUAUCGUUCUUUCAAACCCGUACAAUCCAACAAUUCUUUCUGUUAAUUCAAGCAAUGUUGACGCUGAUGAGUUCAAUUAUUUCCAAGGUAGGAUCAAUGAGAAUAUCACAGCCCUGCCAAAUCUUAGAGUGCUAUGGGCACCGAAGGCGAUGCUACAAGGGGAGAUUCCAAGCAGUUGGGGUACUUGCGAGAGCUUAAAAAUUGUUAAUCUAGGGGAAAAUCUCUUCACUGGGGGUAUUCCCAAAGCAUUUGGUCAGUGCCAGAAUCUUAAAUUUCUUAACUUGAGCUCAAACAAGUUGACAGGUUGGCUGGAUCAGGAUCUUCCUGUCCCUUGUAUGGAUGUUUUUGAUCUUAGUGGUAAUCGUCUGUCUGGUUCCAUCCCAAGCUUUAACUUGAAAUCUUGCCCUUCAUCAAAGUUGCUGCUAGAUGACCUAGGAUCUGGGUAUUCUUCAUUCUUUUCAUAUACAACACUGGCUGCAAUCUCAUUGGAUAUGUAUGAUUUUGGUGAUGAUAUUACAGUUUUCCAUAACUUUGGACAAAAUAAGUUCACUGGCGUCCUACCAUCUUUACCACUUUCAACUGAUAGAUAUGGGAAGGAGGUUGUCUAUGCUUUCCUCGCUAAUGGUAAUAAUCUUGUUGGGCCAUUAAGUGAUGUCAUAUUUAAUAAGUGCAAUGAGGUCAAAGCGUUCAUCGUCAACUUAAGUAAUAACUGGAUUUCUGGACAAUUUCCAACAGAAGUUGGUGCCAUGUGCCUGCCUCUUGUGGUUUUCAAUGUUUCUCGUAAUAAUAUUACUGGAGUGAUUCCUCAAGGUUUUGGAUUCUUGGAAGGCAUUAUCAGUUUAGAUUUCAGCAGAAACCAUCUUGAAGGUGAGAUUCCUGCAAAGUUUGAGAAUUUGAAGCAUCUGCAGUAUCUCUCACUGGGAAAGAAUAAUCUUAAAGGCAACAUUCCUGCUGGUUUCGGUCAAUUGCAUCAUCUUAAGUAUUUUGAUCUUUCUUCCAAUUAUCUUUCAGGGAAAAUUCCCACUGACCUUGUCGACCUGAAAAAUCUUACUAUUCUUCUUCUCGACAACAAUAAUCUUUCUGGAACAAUUCCUUUGAAUUUAGCUAGAAUGACAUCUUUAACAAAGUUUAAUGUGUCAUUCAAUAACUUGUCUGGGCCAUUACCAAUGAACGCCAGUAUGUUGACAUGUGAUAGUGUUCUUGGAAACCCUUUGAUCCACUCUUGUCCUGUAAAUACUGUAUCUGUCCCAUCACUUUCUGGCCGGCAAGGGCGCAGCACACAGGAUUACACUGGUUCUUCACCUAUAAGGCCAACAAAUGAUAGUAACAAUACUGGUUUCAGUACUGUAGAAAUUGCUUCAAUAGCAUCAGCAGCAGCCGUCGUUUCUGUUCUUUUAGCUUUAAUUGUCCUCUACAUAUACACAAGAAAAUGUGCACCAAGAUUUGCAGCCCAGUCUUCAAGAAGAAGAGAGGUUACACUUUUCACAGAUAUUGGAGCACCAGUUACUUUUGAGAGUGUUGUUCGAGCCACUGGCAACUUUAAUGCAAGCAAUUGCGUCGGACAUGGAGGCUUUGGAGCAACUUACAAGGCUGAAAUUUCACCUGGAGUAUUAGUGGCCAUAAAAAGACUUUCUCUAGGAAGAUUUCAAGGAGUACAACAAUUCCAUGCAGAGAUUAAAACACUUGGGAGAUUGCGCCACCCAAAUCUUGUUACUUUGAUAGGGUAUCAUCUUAGUGAGGAGGAAAUGUUUCUCAUUUAUAACUACCUUUCAGGAGGAAAUCUUGAGAGGUUUAUACAGGAAAGGCACAAAAGAGCUGUUGAUUGGAGGGUACUCCAUAGAAUUGCUAUGGAUAUUGCAUGUGCACUUGCUUACCUGCAUGACCAUUGUGUGCCCCGUAUCCUCCACCGGGAUGUUAAACCAAGCAACAUUUUGUUGGACAAUUACAAAGCUUAUCUCUCUGAUUUUGGAUUGGCAAGGCUUCUAGGCAACUCAGAAACACAUGCAACUACCGGUGUAGCUGGAACUUUUGGUUAUGUUGCUCCAGAGUAUGCAAUGACUUGUCGUGUUUCUGAUAAGGCUGAUGUAUACAGCUACGGCGUGGUACUGAUGGAGUUGAUAUCAGACAAAAAAGCAUUGGAUCCUUCAUUUUCUCCAUACGGAAAUGGCUUUAAUAUUGUUGCUUGGGCUUGCAUGCUACUCCGCCAGGGGCGGGCCCGUGAAUUCUUCAUGGAAGGGCUGUGGGAUGUUGGGCCUCAUGAUGCUUUGGUGAACACGUUGCAUUUAGCUGUCAGGUGUACAGUUGAUUCACUUUCUAUCAGACCGACUAUGAAGCAAGUUGUUCAACAGCUAAAGCAACUUCAGCCUCCUACUUGCUAGCACCAAUAUUAGCUGCAUGAUUAACCCAUUCAGUAUUGGUUGUAAUUUCGACUUUAAGUGGUCCAUUUUUUUUAUCACCUUCAAGAAGAAGCUAAGUUGUAGCUGUUGCCAGUGAAUUAUAAAAUUUUUUAGUCCUUUCUCAGAGGCUCACUGAUAUAUCUGCAAAGGAAACAAGAAAAGGUCAGUUGUAUAUUAACCAGAUUAAUUGAGAGAGAAUUUUCAUAGACUUC